AUGAAAUGUGAAAGAUGUGGAAAGUAUUUACGUUUUGAAUGGUGCAAAUCAUGUCAGAUAAAUAAUCUACAAAAUAAUUUUACAAAUUGGACUAGUGGAAAUGAAAAAAUUGACAAUUUAAUUCAGGAAAUGCAAUUAGAAAUCCUUCGAAGUUCUGAUAAUAUAACUGAAUGGAUACCAUAUGAUCAGUUUAAUGAUAUUAAAGAGUUAGAUAAAGAUGAAUGUUCUACAAUUUAUUCGGCAAUAUGGAAGGAUGGUCCAUUAAAAUAUAACGAAAAUAUUCAAGAAACCAGGAUACAAGAUUAUUGGAUGGGUAAAAAUAUUGGUCACUCUAUAGGGGCGCGUGAUGAUCUAUAUGGUAUAUCGCAAAAUUCAGACACAAAAGAUUAUAUUUUAGUUCUUCGAAAUAAAUAUUGUAAUGAAUGUAGCAAAUGUUUUAUAGAUGAAUUUAGUUUAUGGUGUAAAUCAUGCCAGAUAAAUGAUUUUGAAAAAAAUUUUACAAAUUGGACCAGCGGAAAUGAAAAAAUUGAUAAUUCAAUUCAGGAAAUGCAAUUAAUAAUUGAUGAUCGUGAUAUUAUAGUUGAAUGGAUGCCAUAUGAUCAGUUCGAUGAUAUUAAAGAGUUAGGAAAAGAUGAAUUUGCUACAAUAUAUUCAGCAAUAUGGAAGGAUGGUCCAUUAAAGUAUGUUUUCUUAUAUAUUCAUAUUUAUUUCUAUCAGAGUACAAAAGUUAAGCCAUAUUUUGAGAAUGAUCACCUAUAUGGAAUAUCUCAAAAUCCUGAUAAGGAUUAUAUUAUAAUUCUUCAAGAUAUAUAUUGUGAUAAAUGUGUUAGCAAAUAUUUAGAUACAUAUUCUAAAUGGUGCAUACCGUGA